AUUUAUUUUCCUUUCUCGGAAGAAUACAACAACACUUUUCUUUACUAAUUCUCUCUCUCUCUCUCUCUCUCUCUCGGGUUCCCAUAUUCUCAUUUUUCUCAGGUCGGUGAUUUACAAUUACUAGUAGUAGCACUGAACAAGGAAUAAGGAAGAAACUUUUCUCCUCAGAAAUCCGCUUAGGCUAAAAAAAAAAACAAAGAAAAAAAAGAGUAGAAGAAAGAGGAGAAAAGGAAUAAAAAAGAAAAGAUGGGGGAAACGGCAAAUCACCAGCCACCGCCGUCAGCACAGAUGAUGCCGCCGCCGCCUCAGCCGCUACCGCUCGGAGGCGUCAGGGGUCCCACUUGGGUUCCGGCUGAGCAACUCCAACAGCUUAACUAUUGCAUCCACUCAAAUCCCUCUUGGCCAAUAUCAUGUCUUCUAGCUUUCCAACAUUAUGUUGUGAUGCUUGGGACUAUAGUUUUGGUUGCCAAGACGCUUGUGCCUCGAAUGGGCGGAGACAAUGGUGAUAAAGCGCGGGUGAUCCAAACAUUGCUGUUUAUGGCAGGAAUUAACACACUGAUUCAGACGAUGAUUGGGUCGAGGCUUCCGACGGUGAUGAGUGCCUCGUUUGCUUUUGUUCUGCCUGUGUUGUCAAUUAUCAACAGCUACUCUGAAAGGACAUUUCCAGAUGAGCACGAGAGGUUUCUUUAUACAAUGAGAACUAUCCAAGGAUCUUUAAUCGUUUCUUCCUUUGUCAACAUGAUCCUCGGUUUCAGUGGGGCAUGGGGCAAUUUGACACGAUUCUUUAGUCCCAUAGUCAUCGUGCCACUGGUUUCACUCGUCGGUCUUGGAUUGUUCUCGAGGGGCUUCCCACUUCUAGGGAACUGCGUGGAAAUUGGCCUGCCAAUGUUAAUUCUUCUGGUCAUCUCCCAACAGUAUUUGAAGCGUCUCCACCCUAUUGCUCAUCACGUACUCGAAAGAUUUGCCUUGCUUCUUUGCAUUGGGCUUGUCUGGGUUUUUGCUGCUAUCCUCACUGCUGCUGGUGCUUACAACAAUGUUAAGCAGCAGACUAAAAUAAGUUGCCGUACGGACCGCUCUUUCCUUAUAUCGUCUGCUCCUUGGAUCAGAAUUCCAUACCCAUUUCAGUGGGGUACUCCCAUAUUCAAAGCAAGCCACGUCUUUGGGAUGAUGGGGGCAGCUCUUGUUGCAUCUGCCGAGUCAACUGGAACUUUUUUUGCCGCAGCGCGGCUUUCUGGUGCUACAGCUCCUCCAGCAUUUGUUCUUAGCAGAAGUAUUGGAAUGCAGGGUAUAGGCAUGCUGCUUGAAGGAAUUUUCGGUGCUGCUUUUGGCAAUACUGCAUCUGUUGAAAAUGUUGGCCUCCUUGGACUCACACACAUUGGUAGCAGAAGAGUAGUGCAAAUAUCUACUGCUUUCAUGUUCUUCUUCUCCAUAUUUGGAAAGUUUGGUGCCUUCUUUGCAUCUAUUCCUUUGCCAAUAUUUGCUGCAAUAUACUGUGUUUUGUUUGGCAUUGUCGCUGCUUCUGGGAUCUCUUUCAUACAAUUCGCAAACAGUAAUUCUAUGAGAAAUCUCUACAUUUUGGGCCUUUCCUUGUUCCUUGGGAUAUCAAUACCUCAAUAUUUUGUUAUGAACACCACUGCUGAUGGCCGUGGACCAGUCAGAACGGAUGCUGGAUGGUUCGACGACAUACUGAACACAAUCUUCUCGUCUCCCCCAACGGUUGCCAUGAUUGUGGGGACGUUGCUCGACAACACGCUUGAAUCCAAGUAUGCGAUUGAUGACAGAGGAGUGCCAUGGUGGAGACCCUUCCAGCACAGGAAGGGAGACCCAAGAAAUGAUGAGUUUUACGGUCUACCCCUCAGGAUACAUGAAUAUAUUCCCAGCAGAUUUCUGUGAGCUCAAAUUGUCGGAUGUUGUAUAUUAUCAGUUUUGUGUGUACUAUCUUAUCUAUAAGCACAAUCUUUGUUUCAUGGGCAUGUUGGGUUGUGUUAUAAAUUGUAACGAUAUUAUAAAUGUCAUGAUUUUUGAGCCU